CAGAGUUGCGCUUCAAGAUGCGACCACAACCACCACCACCCAGCAGACUGUGAGUCAGACAUGGGCAUCCUACUCAGUCUACCCGUCAUGGCCACAGGCUGGAUCGCACCCGUCAUCGCCUCAUGCGCUUGUUCAGGCUGCCUUGCCUUAUUCUCAAAAACCUGCUCUACCUGCCAAUCCUCCAUCGCAACACGUCUUGCCUAUGCCCUUCUCUUCCUCCUCAACUCCAUCCUCUCCUGGAUCAUGAUGUCCGGAUGGGCCAUCAAAAAGCUGGAACAUAUUACACUGGACUACAUGCAGAUUGAAUGUCAGGGCGGCAAGUGCUAUGGCGUCCUUGCCUUACAUCGCAUCAAUUUUGCGCUAGGCCUCCUACAUCUCUUGCUGGCGCUUGCACUGUAUGGCGUGCAAUCAACGCGUGACAAGCGCUCCAAGAUACAAAAUGGUUAUUGGGGCAUCAAACUCCUUCUAUGGGCAAGUCUUGUGGUCUUGACCUUUCUCAUUCCGAAUGGCUUUUUCGCCGUUUGGGCAAAUUACUUUAGCAUCACGGGCUCCAUCCUCUUCAUCCUCUUUGGCUUGGGAUUACUCGUUGAUUUUGCUCAUUCCUGGGCAGAGACGUGUCUUGAGAAUUACGAAGCAACAGAGUCCAAGACCUGGCAAGCAUUGUUGGUCGGAUCCACACUCGGCAUGUACAUCACUGCCAUCAUUCUUACGGGUAUCAUGUAUGGCUUCUUUGCCGCAUCAGGUUGUUCCAUGAACCAAUCCUUCAUCACCGUCAACCUCAUCCUCGUCCUCAUCUCAACCGUCGCAGCAAUCCAUCCAUUGGUACAAGAAUACAAUCCGCGCUCAGGACUAGCACAAGCCGCCAUGGUCUGCCUCUACACCACCUACCUUACCCUCUCCGCCGUUGCAAAUGAACCAGAAGAAGGCAAUGCACACUGUAACCCCCUCCUUCGAGCGCGCGGUACACAAACAGCAUCGGUUGUGUUUGGUGCACUCUUCACUUUUUUCGCCAUUGCCUGGUCUGCUUUCCGUUCAAGUAGUGCCAUGUCUGCCAUUACAGGAAUGGAUGAAGGACCCAUUCGUUUGGAUGAGAGUAAUUCCGGUUCUGUUGUGACGAGUGAACCUGGUGAGCGUGCUCGAAUGCGCCACGAUGCCCUCGUUGCGGCUGUUGAAUCGGGUGCGAUUCCAGCAUCAGCACUGGAUGAAGAAGCAGAUCCUGAAGCAGCUUUUCAUGCAGGUGACGCGGAUGAUGAACGGUCAGGGACGCAAUACAUCUAUUCCCUGUUUCACAUCAUUUUCUUCCUUGCAACGUGCUAUACAGCGUGUCUCAUCACCUCCUGGAAAAUCAUCAAGAUUGACGAUGUCAUGGGACCUGGUGGGAAGGAGGAUGAGCAGUUUGUGUUUAUUGGACGGGAUAUGCGGGUCGUGUGGGUCAAGAUUUUGAGUUCUUGGGUGUGUCAUGGGUUAUACGUCUUGUCGUGCGUCAUGCCAGUCUAUCAUGCACGCGCAGGCUAGAUUACAGUCCUCCAUUCAU